ACGACGCCUUUCCAAACACACUACAUAAGCAUUAAACAAUCUUCACUUCACAUGAACAACUCUACUCAAAUCUCUCUCUCUCUCUCUAUCUCACGAUGGAAACUCCUCAUGAAUCCCAUGUGCAACACCACGAGCUAAUCCCAUCUUCAUCCCUCCUCACAAUCCUCAUCCCCGUCGUCAUCGUCGUCCUCCUCCUCGCCAUACUCCUCCUCACGGCGAUGCUCCGCCGCCUCCACUUCUCCCGCGCCGCCGGCGCCGCCGCCAGCAAGAGGGUCGUCCACAACAGCAACUGCAUGUUCAUUGCUCAUAGCACCAUCAACUUAGAUCCCACUUCAGACGGCGGUUGUCUGUACGGGAACAGCGCCGGCGACACGACGCAGAUGAAAGCGUGUCAGGUGCAGGUGUUCACGCUCAAGGAGGCCGAGAAGGCCACCGACAACUUCGGCGACGCCAACUUGAUCGGGAAGGCCGUCUACCGAGGCGUGCUCCGCGACGGCACCCCCGCCGCCAUCAAGAUCCUCCGCGCCAACGGGAGGUCCGCUGAGCGCGCUUUCCGCUCCGAGGUAGAGUUGUUGUGUCGUGUGAGGUGUCCGUACAUAACAGAGCUAUUGGGAUACUGUGCUGAUCAGCAGCAGAGGCUGCUGGUGUUCGAGUACAUGUCCAAUGGCUCUUUAGCCGAGCAUCUUCAACGCGGAACGUUGAAGUGGGGCGCUCGGCUAAAGAUAGCCCUCGACUGCGGUCGAGGGUUGGAGUACCUCCACGAGCACAUGACCCCAUCCAUCAUCCACCGCAACAUCAAGUCCACCAACAUUCUCUUGGAUCACACGUUUAAAGCUAAACUUUCGGGUUUCGAGCUGGCCAAGACCGGGUCCGACAAGCUCAACGGCCUCAUUUCGACGCGGGUUUUGGGCACCACCGGAUAUUUGGCCCCCGAGUAUGCGUCCACGGGGAAGCUGACGACUAAGUCGGAUGUGUACAGCUAUGGCGUCAUUCUCUUGGAGCUAUUGACGGGCCGCGUGCCAAUCGACACCACCCGUCCUCCCGGGGAGCAUGUCCUCGUUUCUUGGGCGCUCCCACGUUUGACCAAUAGAGACAAAGUGAUGGAAAUGAUCGAUCCAGCCCUACAAGGCUUCUACUCCAAGAAAGAUCUUAUUCAAGUGGCUGCGAUCGCGGCUAUGUGUGUGCAAACAGAGGCCGAUUAUAGACCUCUUAUCACGGACGUGGUCCAGUCCUUGAUGCCCUUAGUCAAGAAUCGCUCGCUGCCUGGCUCGUCCGGCUACGGUCAUAGUUCGAGCCCUAAAUUAUAAAAAUACAAGGAUUUAUUUUAAAUCGAAACAUAAAUUAAGUUGUGUUUGUCGUGUUUGAUAUCAAUGUUAUGAUGUAGUUGGAGAUUAGAUAGAUUCUACGUAUAUAGAAAUUAAUUGGAUUGCAUAUAUGAAAAUAAGAAGGCACGCGUUAGGGUUAGCACUUAUUGCGUUCAUCAAUUGAAGAUUUUUUUUUAAAGAUAUUGAGCCUCAACUUUACCGCUUGAGUUAAGUAUCAUCGAUGAUUACAGAUCAUGUUUGAUGUGUAUUCAAUACAUUCCUUGGGUAGAUGUGAGAUGAUGAACUCUUUAUAGAU